AUGUCAUCAAGAUUAUUUUCAUCCGCCUUGUCUAUUUCUGCCUAUCGGAUACUGGGACGCAACGAAGUUAGCAUUAUGGAAACCCCCAAGCCCUCCUCCAUUGUCGAGCCGCUGCCGCCAGCGAUCAUCAGCCGUCCCGGUCCAGUGCGUGGGUGUGGUGAAGGGGUUCUCCAACCCGCUGUAAACGGCAAGUACCCGUUUAGUUUGAACGCUUCCACCGCUGACGAAACUUCCGCUUCUAGGACUACUGUGAUUGGUAAUAUAAAAAUUUACUACCAGAACGUGAGGGGAUUACGAACAAAAAUAGAGGAUCUGUUCCUGGCGACGCUUGACUCGGAACACGAUGUUAUUGUUUUGCCCGAGACAUGGCUGAACAGUGAAAUAAACUCAGUGCAGCUAUUUGGAACACAAUAUAAUGUAUACCGCACUGAUCGUGAUGCAGCUAGAUCUGGAAAAAUGCGAGGUGGUGGUGUCCUUAUUGCUGUAUCAAACCGAUUUGCAUCCAGGCGCAAUUUGUGUACUCAUGACGAACUUGAACAGCUUUGGGUUAAUAUUAACUGUCGGGGCAGCAGCAUUUGCAUUGGCGUCAUACAUCUUUCUCCCGAUUACUCCAAUGAUUCUAUUACCGUGCAAAAACAUAUAGACAAAAACGCACUUGAAAUUUCGUGCUCGCUCCAGCCGCAUGCAACUCAUUUGCUCUUUGGAGACUACAAUCAGCCUGGUAUUACCUGGACACGUACAAGCUCGGGCUAUGCUAUUCCAAACAUUUCCGAGUCUACGUUUUCUGGAACUGCUUCUGCUCUUCUGGACGGUAUGUCGCUGCUGAAUAUGUUACAGAUGUGCACUGUCACUAACGAUAGGAAUCGAACGUUAGAUCUCUUAUUCGUCAAUGAGGAAUCGGCACCGGAUUGCACUGUCGUUGAAGCUUGUGAGCCUCUACUAGAAAUGGAUUCGCAUCACCCUCCUCUAUUGGUCACUCAAGCAUUUCCGCAACCAGUUGAUUUUGAUGAUACGCCCGAAGAUAGGGAAUUUAAUUUUGUCAAAGCAGAUUUUAUUGCACUAAUGGAUUCGUUACAAGCAAUCAACUGGGAAACGGCACUAAAUCAUGCUAUGGAUGUUAAUCUUGCUGUAGAAAGACUCUCAACUAUUUUACUUCAGCUGUUCAGUCUUCACGUUCCAGCUCCUCGUCCCAGACCGAAACCACCCUGGUCUAAUCAGCGGUUGAAAAAACUAAAACGUUUGAGAGCAAAAGCACUUCGCAGAUACACACAUCAACGGAAUCCCUUGACAAAGCGAGACUUCACCCAGGCCAGUAAUAACUACAGAGCAUAUAACCGUAUCCCUUAUUCACAGCAUAUCCUACGUGUACAGUCAAACCUCAGAAGAAACCCCAAAGGUUUCUGGGCUUUUGUGAAUGACAAACGUAAGGAAAGCGGACUCCCUUCGCAAAUGUUUUUGGAAGGAGAAGUUGCAAACACUCGCGAUGGCAUCUGCAACCUGUUUGCCAAGCACUUCUCUAGUGCAUUCAACGCAUCCCCUGCUAGCGCUGUACAGGUAGAAAAUGCUCUUCAAAACGUUCCAAACAAUGUAAUGAAUCAAGGCAAUGUUCGAUUCAUCGACGAUGAUAUCAUGCUUGCAAUAAAGAAAUUAAAGUCAUCUAUGAUACCUGGUCCAGAUGGAAUUCCUGCCAGUGUAUUUAAAAAAUGUGCUACUGCCCUUUGUGCUCCAUUAAAAUUAAUAUUUAACCAGUUGCUGGCGCAAGGAGUAGUUCCAGAGCGCUGGAAAAAUCAACAAUGUUCCCAGUUUUCAAAAAAGGGGAUAAACAAAUACAGCUAA